ACCGAACCACCGCCACCUUAACAAGCGUGAGGGGCAACUUCCUGUCUCCAUUUUAUCUUCCCCAAAUGCUUCGAUACGCCCUUCGUCAGUUCACGACCACACCAUUUGCAAGAUCAUACGCAACAACAGCAGCCAGGAUGACUAAAUCCAUCACGCUCUCCUCUGGCUACGAGAUGCCCCUCGUGGGUUACGGCAUCUGGAAGGUCCCCAAGGAAAAUGCCGCCGACAGCGUCUACAACGCCAUCAAGCUCGGCUACCGCCACAUCGACGGGGCGCACGACUACCAGAACUCGGCCGAGGCGGGCGAGGGCGUGCGCAAGGCCCUGGACGAGGGCGUCUGCAAGCGCGAGGAGCUCUUCAUCACGUCAAAGCUGUGGAACAACUACCAUGCCAAGCCUCAUGUCCUCGAGAUGGCGGCUUUUGAGAACAAGAACUGGGGUGUUGACUACCUGGACUUGUAUCUCAUCCACUUCCCCAUCGCUCAACAGCACUUCCCCAUGAGCGAGCUGAAGUAUCCAUGCUUCUGGUCCGACGCUGCCCAGAAGAACGUCGCCCCACAGGUCCCCGUACCAAUCCAGGAGACCUGGCAGGCCCUGGAGUCGCUGGUCAUCAGCAAGGACAACCCCAAGGGCAUCCUCCGCUCGAUCGGUGUGGCCAACUUUAACGCCAGCCUGCUCUACGACGUGCUCCGCUACGCCAAGAUCAAGCCAGCCGUCAACCAGGUCGAGCACCACCCGUACCUCGUGCAGCCGGGCCUGAUCCAGAUGUGCCAGGAGAACGGCAUCGUGGUGACCGCCUACAGCUCCUUCGGCCCGCAGAGCUUCCUCGAGCUCAAGAACAAGCGCGCCCUGGACGUCGGCCCCUUGUUCGAGAACGAGACCGUCGCCGGCAUCGCCAAGAAGCACGGCAAGACCCCCGCCCAGGUCCUGCUCCGCUGGGCCACUCAGCGCGACAUCAUUGUCAUCCCCAAGAGCAACAACCAGGAGAGGCUGGCCCAGAACCUCGACUCCACCGACUUUGACCUCACGGCCGAGGAGCUGGCCAGCAUCUCGGCGCUGGACAAGGGCCUGCGGUUCAAUGACCCCGCCGACUUUGGCAUCCGCAUCUUUGCCUGAAGAGGAUGUGGCAGAUUGGGUCUCUCACACGCAAUGCUGGGCAUACAGUUGCGACCUCUUUAGAUCUAUCUCCUGCCAUACCUAACCAACAAUCAAUGCUAUGCGUCUUCAGAUCC